CUUUGUAAAUAUAUGUUGGUUAUGUGUCUAUUCAGAAUGACUUAUGAGCAGCAGCCUUUUUAUUUUGGGUAGGCUAUGUCAUGUGCAUUACUUGCCAAAAUUGGGGCUGUCUGGUUAACUCAUAAAUAUGUACCAUGGGAUUUUUAUUUUACAAACAUCAGUGUUAUAUAUAUUUUUUUCUUCGGAAGCAGGCGAGAUAAAGGUGAAAGUUUCCAGAGCUGUUUGGCGAAAUCAAAGCGCCAGAGUGGGCGGAGUUUACCCAGUCUAGAACGAUCUAGAAUCUGUGGGGGAAAAAAGCGCGAAAGAGGCAGCAGCACUUGAAUUUCUGACUCGUCGUCAGUGACAGACAAGUUCCGUUAAUUCUCAAAUCUAAGUUUCUUUACACACGGCUUUGUCUUGUAUUUAUUUUGUUUUCGUCUUUGUGUUGAUUUCUUUAACUUUUUGCCUGAGAGGAAUUCAGCGACAACGUUUCCGUGAGAGCUCCGACGGAGACGUCUUCGCAGCCGUUAACGUUAAGCUCCGUUAAUAACAGACUAUUACUCAAAUUUACGUUUCUUUAUACACGGAUUUGUCUUGUGGUUGUAAAGUUAUUUAUUUUGUUUUCGUCUUUGUGUUGAUAUCUUUCACUUUUUGCCUGAGAGGAAUUCAGCGAAAACGUUUCCGUGAGAGCUCCGACGGAGACGUUUUCACAGGCUUUAACGUUAAUGUAUUUUUCCCACCCGUGGCCUCUGCCGGAGUUUCCAUCUUGGAAUCGCGGAUCCUUCACAGACUGCUUAUCAGGACUUCCAGAAAAUCAAAGAAUGAGUAAUGGACUCCAUUGAGAAGGCAAUACAGGCCGUGCUACCACAGCUAGAUGAAGCAAAGCUUGAAACGUUAGUCAAUGAGUUGGUGAAAGUAGGUGUUGAAGGACCAGAUGAUCUGCAGUUUAUUCAAGAAGAUGACAUCAAACAUCUGCUCACACCCAUUCAGUGCAGAAAAAUUAUUCAUUCCUUGAAAGUGUGUAAUGCAGGUCCUUCAAAUCCCCAGCUGAGCCCUUCAUCGUCUGAGCCACUGUCAGUUGCCUAUUCCAGCACAUGCCCCAUAUCAUCUAUAAGUCCCAUCUCUGCAUGGGUGAACAGUUUUGAGGUGCCAUGGAACAAAGUGAGGCUGACUCUUAGAAGAGCAGUAGAUGCUGGUGAGAGGCCAGCUCCGGAUGACCGCAGACACUUGAUAAAAGUCACUGUUGAUGCAAUGAGAGAGCGUUCCUUGAACCCUACUCGCAGAGAGUGUGUGGUAGUGGCUAAAGCUAUAACUCAAAAAUAUCCAAAUAGCUUUUUAGACAAAAAUGAAGAGGGGGAGCUAAUUGGAUGUGGGUAUUUCAGCAUUAUAAAUCAGCUCAAAACCAGAGUAGAAUAUUUGAAUCGAGGCAACUCUCUUUCCCGUCUGAGGAAGCACAAACGCACCCAGAGAGAUGAUGAGGAUGGUGAUGAUGACCAGCCAGCAGUAGCUACAUGUGCAAGAAUCGACAGUUAUGGGUGUGUUCGUUGGCAGCCAGCGGACUAUCCAGAUGGGGAAACAUCAGCAUCAUUAGAGGAAAAGAAGCUUGAGAUGAUUGAUAUAUUCAGCCGAGAGGGACUAAAGGGCGCUGAGAGAGGAAGGGUAGAAGACCUAAUGGCAAUCACUUAUGCCAAACAGCGGGAAUACAUCAACGCAAAGCCUUCCCCAAGCAUUCUGGAUGUGGGUAAAGAGUGGCCAUUUCUCUUUUCACAGAAGUUUUUAUUGUCACACUUCACCACUCUCACCAAUGUUGAACUAUACACAAGACUGAAUGAAGAUAUGGACAAAAAGGGUAAAAGACUCCUGGAUUUCUUCAGUAGUCAGAUUACAAAGUGGAGGAAAGAAGUAAGAGCUGUUCUGAAGGAAGCCAUAAAGAAGGACCGAGAAGGAUCUGAUGGCCUAGCAGCGAUGCUUGUGAUGUUGGCACACUUCAAAGAGCAAGAGGAGUCAAUUUUUCUCAUUGCUGAUGAGACUACCACUCCCGCAGACGCAGAGGCCCAGCUGUCUCUCCCAGUCACUCCAAGGAUCAUCAUGCUCGGAGAGACAAUACUGACUGCAAAAAAAUGGAUGCUGUCGAUCGAGGGGAAGGUCGUAAUCCCACCUGGUGCUCACAUGGCAGACUUCACCACUGCCUUGGCCGCUCUCUUCGCCUGUUACUAUGUAUUCAACCUAGAGUGUCAGGUGGAAGCCAGCACAACACUGGAGUUUGUUCAGAGGUUUUUAGUCAGGAUUAAUCCUGACUCCAACAAGUGCACUGCCAAGGAGCAGAUGAGCAAGACGACUGGGAGAGUGGUGAAGCGGAAGACUUCAUACAUGAACCCCCAUGUCAUCUCCUUCAUCAGGGACUUCACGGAGUUCUAUUUGCUAACUGACUAGAUACAGGGCUCCAACUAGGAUUCUAGGUCUCCAAGGUCAGGGCAUGCAAGAGGCCAUAGUGGCAGGGGAAGUUUAUUUUCCUUUCUGUUUUAAAUGUUGAUGCAAAUGUUAAAUAUUUUUUUUUUUUUAAUGUUCAAUAUUUUAUUUUAUUUCAGUAUUGCCAUAGUGUUAUUUAUUACUCUUUAGAAUGUGGUAAUAAUCAGUUAUUUGCACAGCUUCAAAGUAGUUAAUUUUUUUGACCAUGUUGUAUCAAUUUGCGUUAUUGUUCUGCCAUAGCAACCAGUCAUGUGGAACUAGUGAAUGAACUAGUAACAGUUUGCUCUGUAACUUUACAAAACUUGUAAUGAAAUAGCCUCGUUUUGUAAAAUUUUCUUAAGUCAGUAAUUAAAUUUAGCAACAGUAGAAUACGCAGAUAAUAGACUUCACGCCAUUAAAAAUUACAAACACAGAAUGUUCGUUAACUUUGGAUGGCAUAAUGGCAUGUUGUCCAAUGUCAAUUAUCCCUUUAUGUUGUACCUGUUUUGUCAUUCCUGUUCACCAAAUGUUUUUAAAUAAACAACUGUUAACAAUU